AUGGACAUGGACUUAAACCAGUCCCGCAACCCGGCGGGGUUCUCGUCAUUCCCCGACUUGAUGAACGAUCCAGCUUUCGAUGAGAGGGAAAAAGGCCUUGAGGAUGUGGAUACGUGUCGUAUAUGCCACGGAGAAGCGACAGAUGAAGAGCCUUUAUUCUAUCCUUGCAAAUGCAGUGGAAGUAUCAAAUUCGUUCACCAGAGCUGUUUAGUCGAAUGGCUAUCGCACUCCCAGAAGAAGCAUUGUGAGCUCUGCAAGACUGCCUUCCGGUUCACCAAGUUAUACGAUCCAAAUAUGCCCCAAAGCCUUCCAACACCCUUGUUUAUGAAGCAAGCCUUGAUACAGUCCUUCGGCACAUUCGUAACCUGGCUGCGGUUUGUCCUUGUCGCCUUUGUCUGGCUUGGAUGGUUGCCAUGGUCUAUGCGUGCAAUAUGGAGAGCACUCUUCUGGCUCGCUGAUGGACGAUGGUCAUCUACGGGUUCCAUUAAACAACAGACAGUACAAUCUGCCGCGGAGGCCUUGGUGCAAGGCACUGCAAAUGGAACCGCAGCUAGUGCUGCCGUGCUCAAUUCCGUGACCUCGACGGUCUCAGAUGCUAUCCAAUCAGUUACUAGUGCCGUACCGACGGAGCAAUCCUCAGACGGAAUCUACCCUGUUGGUGAUCCUCUAAUGCUUACCUUAAUCAAGAAAGUGAUCCCAAGUCUCUUCAUUCCCGCUUUGACGUCUACCGGUGCCCAAAAUGGCUCGAAUCCAAAUAAUAUCACUGGAUUGUCCAAACCUCGGUACCCAUCGUGGCUUUCGGAUGUGAAGGUCCUAAUGACAUUGACACCUUACCCGACCAUCAACAAUAUGAUCAUCGAUACUUUGGAAGGACAACUCAUCACACUCCUGGUUGUGGUAGCCUUCAUACUUCUGUUCCUGAUUCGAGAAUGGGUUGUCCAGCAACAGCCAAUGGCUAACAUCGCCGAGGAGGAGCGGGAGGCAGCAGUGCAGUUGAUUGCAAAUGCGAACCAAGUAAAUGAGCAACUCCAGCCGGGGCGACAGAACCGUCCUCUGCCACGGCCAAAUUUCGAGGCUAUCCACGAAGAAAAUGAGUUGGCACGGGAGGAACACGAGGAAGCACCUCUUUGGCCUCGCCCUGCUUCCCCUGCUCCGUCCUGGACUGAUUCAGACGAUGGACUUCCCGUAAUUGAGAGACCAACCGGGAUUAACCAUCCCUUCAUCUUCGAAAAUCCUAAUGCCAAUGUAGGGCAGAAUUCAGAAAACCACGGAUUCCGCCCUCAUGAAGAUUUUGACAAUACUGGUGUCACGGCCUUCAGAGAUAUUUUGGCUCGUUCUAAUGGGGACCGAGAUGAAACGUUACGACUGAUUCAUGAAGAGGGCCUGGAAGAGGAGUUGGGCUGGAUUGUUACUGCAUUGACUGCGGGCUCGCAGGACCAAAGUCUGGCCACACCCCCGAACCGCGCAGAUACUAGUGACAUCCAUGAGCUUCUCGCUACCCACAAUACACCCGUCGUACAAGACAACCACAAUGAGCUCCAACAACAGCAACCGCAAGAUCAACCCUCUGCCCAGGCUUCUGGUCAAGAAUCACAAUCGCAAGAACAGACAGAAGCACAAGUCCAACAGGAAGACAGCCAGGUGGCUAAAAGUGUCACCGAGAGAUUAAUCGAUUGGUUCUGGGGUGAAAUUCCACUGGGCGACAAUGAUCUUGCGGAGGCUGUACCGGCUGACGAUGAACACAUUGUCCAAGAUCCGGCCUUGGAAGAUCCGUUUGUUCCAGUGCCAAACAGGCUAGAUCAACAAAUCGACGCGGGACUUGCUCCAGCUGAGGCUGGAUUGGAUCCCAACGACGUGGAUGUGAUUGAAGGCGACGACUUUGAGGGCAUCAUGGAUUUAAUUGGCAUGCAAGGUCCAAUUUUCGGCCUUUUACAAAACGGUGUAUUCUGUGCCCUCUUGAUUGCCUUCACCGUUGCCAUUGGCAUAUGGCUCCCGUACCUUUGGGGCAAGAUUGCUUUGGUCUUACUGGCAAAUCCUUUGGAGCUCAUUGUUGGCGUUCCAAUGACUGCUAUCACCGUCGUGGCCGACAUCGCUCUUGAUACUUUGAUUGGCGUCGUGGGUUACGUCAUGUACUGGGUUAGCUUCAUCUGCAAAAUAGCUUUGAGUCCAUUCAUUGCGUUUGUGCCUUUUGGAGAAUGGGUUCCCCGCGGCAAAUCCGUGACAAGUGCCUCUCUUUCUCUCAUAGAUGCCAGCACUCAUCGAUUGAACAAAGUUGUCAAGGCAUUUCUUGUCUUUCACGAAUCUGAUAUACCCAUGUUCUCGGUUCUUUCCCAUCAGGCACUCAAGUUACACCAGGCUCGGCUUUCCACUCUGUUUUGGACAGCAUUUGGUCUUGUCAAGUUCAUUUUACAUGACUUUCCAAUACGUCUGUUCACACUUGGAGUGCCUGCGGCGUUGUCCUUCGAUGUAGACCUUUCUCAAGUAAAGGAGUACGCCGUGCAUGCUCAGCAGCAUAUUGGGAACUUUACCCGAACCCAAUUUUUCUCGAGUUCUGGGACGAAGCUUAUCAAUAGCAGUGCCGCCAAAGCAGCGUCGGGAUCCUUACCUGUUGACUAUGAUCUUGCUGUGUGGGACACCCAGGACAGAGUCAUCGCUAUAUCGAUGGGAUAUCUGCUCGCAACAAUUAUGGGUUUCCUUUAUUUACGCAUCACCGGCCUUCUAGUUGGAGCCAAUCGUGGGCAACGGAUAGAAGGUAUUGUUGCCGAGAUUCUUCUCCAGGCCGGAGGCGUGAUGAAAGUCAUCCUUAUUAUUGGCAUUGAGAUGAUUGUAUUUCCCCUCUACUGUGGUACAUUGCUGGACGUUGCAUUGCUCCCUCUCUUUUCUGAUGCAACGAUUUUGUCUCGCGUCGCUUUCACAACCGUGUAUCCGCUCACGUCGCUUUUUGUGCACUGGUUCAUUGGCACUUGCUAUAUGUUCCACUUUGCCCUAUUUGUGUCUAUGUGCAGGAAGAUUCUCAGAACCGGUGUUUUAUACUUUAUACGAGAUCCUGAUGACCCGACCUUCCACCCCAUACGCGACGUUUUAGAGCGAAGCAUUACCACCCAACUCCGUAAAAUUGGAUUCAGUGCGCUUGUUUACGGAGCACUAGUCAUAGUUUGUCUUGGGGGAGUUGUAUGGGGUCUCCACUUUGCAUUUGAUGGUGUUCUACCAAUUCACUGGUCAGCAAGUGCCCCUAUGCUAGAAUUUCCCGUCGAUCUUCUCUUCUACAACUUCGUUAUGCCAUUAGUCAUCCAAUCAUUCAAGCCCUCAGACGGGUUGAACGACUUGUAUGACUGGUGGUUCCACAAAUGCGCACAGUUUCUACGCCUAAGCAACUUCUUCUUCCCGGACAGGCACCCCGAGGAAGAAGGUCACCAUGUCUAUCGAACUUGGUGGGGCUUCUUGUUUGGCAGCAAGGGCGAUUGGGAGCAUCCUGUGAUCGGACCGACCCAACAGGCUACCGCAGAAGAAGAAAACCGUGACGUAUAUUUCUUACGAGACGGCCGCUAUGUCCGAGCGCCUGCUUCAGACCAGGUUCGUAUCCCGAAAGGGACGCAAGUCUUCCUGGAUGUCACCGAGGACAAUGAUCGUCUUGAUGGAAAGCCAGACUUGGAUGAUGGCUUGCAUGGUCGUUCGAGCAACAUGUUCACCAAGAUCUACGUCCCGCCCUUUCUCCGCUUACGCAUCGCUACCUUCAUUCUUCUUAUCUGGCUUUUUGCUGCCACAACAGGGGUAGGCAGCACGAUAAUACCGUUGGUGAUUGGGCGAAAGAUGAUCUCGAUAUUCUUUCCUAACCCAGUUCCUGUCAAUGACAUAUAUGCAUUCUCUAGCGGGUUAUGCGUGGCUGGAGGUGUUGCCUAUCUUGCAUGCUAUUGUCGAGCUGCUGUGAGAGCCAUGCAUGACAACUCAUGGGCAUUCCUACGAUCCCCAGAUCAAUUAAGACAAUUCGGCGCAAAGCUUGCGUUGGAUGCCGGUCGUCUUCUCUACAUCUCAUUGACUGUGGUCAUCCUACUACCAACUCUCUUCGCACUCCUUACUGAAUUUUACGUACUGAUCCCCGGACAUACUCUAUUCGGGGAUGGAAAAUCUCAUGUUGUCCACGUCGUUCAGGAUUGGACGCUAGGGGUCCUGUACGUCCAGAUGGCAAUCAAGCUGAUCUUGUGGCAUCCUCAAUCCUGGGCAGCUGCGAUUUUGAACGGUGUCUUCCGUGACGGCUGGCUCCGGCCCAAUGUGCGCCUGGCUACUCGGGCUUUGGUGCUACCCCUCUUACUUUUCACAACAGCAGCAAUUGCCGUACCGCUCUCUCUUGGUGCAGUUCUACGGUAUACUGUUUUCUACUGGGUCCAGUCGCAUCAAAAUAUAUACCGAUACGCCUAUCCUAUCACGCUUCUACUUGUUCUAGCCGUGUGUACGAUCCACCUUGUUCUACGACGAGUGGCGAUUUGGCGCAUCAGCAUACGCGAUGAUGUGUACCUCAUCGGUGAGCGAUUGCAUAAUUUCAGCGAGAAGCGUGCACGGGAUGUUGGGGUUUCGCGGCGGGUAAUAACUGGCUGA